AUGCGACCGCUACCAGAUGGCUGUCAGAAGCCACUCGAUAGAGACUCGUUCCUAACCGAGUUCAAGACCGACGCUUACCUAGAUGAUUUUUACACCAAAGUAGACGAUAACGCUAUGAAAAUGGUCUUAGCGUUCCUGCCAAAUAUAGUAGCAAGGAUUGGUGAAGUGGGCAAAGUGCUAGAUUUUGGAGCUGGACCCACAAUCCAUGUUGCCGCGUCGUUCCGGAAUACAGCUUCAGAGGUAACAAAGUAGUU